UCUAAAAGCUCCUCAGUUGCAGAACCUUCAUGGUAUUUUCUGCUAUUACAGUAUAUAAAAGUCUUUACAAAGAUACUGAUUUUAGUAUGUGAUUUCAUAGUCUUUCUUUGUGGGUCCACCCUUUUCGUCCCUGUAAAUGACAGCCUAAUUAACAGCCUGGAAAGAGCUGUUGGAGUUGCACUAAAAAGCUCCGGUUUGUUGAUGGGUUCUUUAAUUUCAUGGUGGCAUUGAUGUAAUCUACUCUCCACUGGGUUUCUCUCUCUCUUUCAAUCCCAUUUCACCCUACAGCAUAUGUCAGGCUUGUUUUACUCUCUGCGUGAGGUAAGAGAACUAAAAAUUCUUUCAUCUUUUCUAUGUUUUUUAUGUCAUAAAGCUUCAAACUGCACUCUAUCUUUAAGCAAAAGCUCUUGUCAUUUGAAGGUUUUAUUCCUUUGAUGUUUUCGAUAUUUCUGUUCUUUUUGUGUAAAUAGAAGCCAUCUCUUGUGUUGAACAGUAUUUAGAUAGAUCUGGGGGUUCUCAAUGUAUAGCUUGGGGCAUGAGUUUUUGGGGAACUGGGUUUGCAACAUUUGAAAAUUUGAGGGCUUGUUUGUGGUAAAUUUGGGACCUGGCUGACUUGGGUUUUGCAAAUCUUGGAGUAUUGGAGACUAAAUAGGUUUCUUUUUUGGGGAUUGAUUACUUGAUUGGUUCAGUUUAUGGUGUCCUCUGUUUGGAAUUUGAGUUAGUGGGUUGUUGGGCAGUUUAUGUUCUCUAGGUAUUUGAGGAAUUGGGUAGCUAACAGAUGGUAAAGAUGAAACUAGUGAAGUGGGUACCUUUAAUUCUAGCUGUUGUUCUGCUUGGGUUUAUAGGUCAUGGAUCACAUGCCUCAUUCACUCCUGUUGAUAACUACUUGAUUGCUUGUGGAUCUUCUAAAAAUGUCACCUUCCUAGGUCAUACUUUUGUCCCUGAUUUAGUACAAUCUUCAAUCUCCUUGAAAAGUCAAGGAAAUUCCAUUGUUGCCACCUCCAAUUCUAGUGCCCCUUUUGCAGUGUACCAAUCUGCUCGGGUUUUUCCGGGUACAGCAUCAUACAAAUUUGGUAUCGAGCAAGAAGGUCGGCAUUGGGUCCGCCUCUACUUUUACCCUCUUCCAGACUCUGGCCACAACUUGACAUCUGCCUCAAUGACUGUAAUCACAGAAAAUUUUGUGCUCUUGAACAACUUCUCUUUCAAGAACUACAAUGGUUCUUAUAUGUUUAAGGAGUAUGCAAUCAAUGUGACUUCAGACUCCUUGACUGUUACCUUCAUUCCUUCGAACAAUUCAGUUGCGUUUAUUAACGCGAUUGAAGUUGUCUCCGUCCCUGAUGAGUUAAUACCUGACCAGGCUCUUGCUUUAUCCCCCUCCGGCCCUUUUAGUGGUCUUUCAGAAUUUGCCCUUGAAACUGUUUACCGGUUAAAUAUGGGUGGUCCAUUGCUCACUGCUGAAAAUGACACCCUUGGAAGAACUUGGGAGAAUGAUGAGAAGUACCUUCACGUGAAUAGCUCUGCUGUAAGUGUUUCGGUUAGCCCUGCAACUAUACAAUACCGAGCUGCUGCCACACCUCAAAUUGGACCAAAUUGGGUUUAUGCAACUGCUCAAACCAUGGGAAAUUCAAAUGUAGCCAACUCGAACUUCAAUAUAACUUGGGUCUUCCCUGUUGAUCCAAAUUUCACUUAUUUUGUCCGGUAUCAUUUCUGCGAUAUCAUGAGUGUGUCUAUGAACACUCUCGUGUUCAAUCUAUACAUAAAUUCUGAUCUUGCUUUUGGAAGCCUAGAUCUGUCAACCUUAACUGGUUACUUGGCUGCGCCUUACUACAAAGACUUUGUUUCCAACUCCUCGGCUGAUACAGAUACUUUGACCAUUAGUGUUGGUCCAGAUACAAGGGCUGACUUCAUAAAUGCACUUCUGAACGGCCUGGAGAUCAUGAAGAUUAACAAUGAAGCUAGAAGCUUGGAUGGGAUUUCACCUGUAGAGACUCUCCUUGUAUCGCAGCCAUCGAAAAAGAACAAGAUGGGUAUCAUAAUUGGCUCCGUUGUAGGAGCUUCUGCUGCAUUGGUGUUUAUCAGUUUGUGCUAUUGCUUCUUGGUAGCCCGCAGGUCAAAGACUCCUCAACAGGGGAGUACUUGGCUUCCCCUUCCCUUAUAUGGAAACUCCCAGACAAUGACAAAGAUGUCCACAACUUCUCAAAAGAGUGGGACAGCAAGUUGCAUCUCCUUAGCUUCAUCAAAUCUUGGCCGGCUCUUCAUGUUCCAAGAAAUAAUGGAUGCCACCAACAAAUUUGAUGAGAGCUUGCUUCUUGGAGUUGGUGGUUUUGGUAGGGUAUACAAGGGAACACUGGAAGAUGGGACCAAAGUAGCUGUCAAAAGAGGCAAUCCAAGAUCUGAACAAGGUCUGGCAGAAUUCCGAACAGAGAUUGAAAUGUUAUCCAAGCUCCGCCACCGACAUCUUGUCUCUCUCAUUGGCUACUGUGAUGAACGGUCAGAAAUGAUUCUGGUUUAUGAAUACAUGGCGAAUGGACCCCUCAGGAGCCAUCUUUAUGGAACAGAUCUUCCACCUCUCUCAUGGAAACAGCGGCUUGAGAUUUGCAUUGGGGCUGCUAGGGGGCUUCAUUAUCUCCACACAGGAGCAGCUCAAAGUAUAAUUCAUCGGGAUGUGAAGACUACAAACAUACUCUUGGAUGAGAACUUUGUGGCCAAAGUUGCUGAUUUUGGCCUCUCUAAAGCAGGUCCAGCAAUAGAUCAGACUCAUGUGAGUACUGCUGUUAAAGGUAGCUUUGGAUAUCUCGAUCCUGAAUACUUCAGAAGGCAACAGCUCACAGAGAAAUCAGACGUGUAUUCGUUUGGAGUUGUCUUAAUGGAAGUUCUCUGCACAAGACCAGCUUUAAACCCUGUUCUUCCUAGAGAGCAAGUCAAUAUUGCAGAAUGGGCUAUGAGUUGGCAAAAGAAGGGCAUGUUGGAUCAGAUCAUGGACUCUAAUCUGGCGGGAAAGGUGAAUCCAACUUCUCUGAAGAAGUUUGGGGAGACAGCAGAGAAGUGCCUGGCUGAACACGGGGUUGAUAGGCCUUCAAUGGGGGAUGUUUUGUGGAAUCUAGAAUAUGCUCUCCAGCUUGAGGAGACCUCAUCAGCUCUCACGGAACCUGAAGAUAACAGCACAAACCAUAUCCCUGGUAUUCCAUUGACUCCACUUGAGCCAUUUGACAACAGUUUAAGUAUGAUCGAUGGGGUGAACUCCGGCACAGAUGCUGAUGCAGAAGAUGCCGCAACAAGUGCUGUUUUCUCUCAACUUGUAAAUCCUCGUGGAAGAUGAGAAGAAUCAACUCCCACUUUGCGAUCUUGCCCACUGGAUGCUCCCACUAAACAUUUGAUUGUCUUGGCUUGAGGGAGUAGGUGAAGUUUAUUUCUUCUUCUUUCCCCCAACCCUCUCUAUUUGCCUCAUUUUUUUUUUUUUUUUGGUUUUUGGUGAUAAAAAGUAUUUUGGUAUAUGUUAUAGUUCAUUGGUAGGGGCUAAGAAGUCCAUCAAAACUUGUUCUUAAAUUACCACGAGGUUGUAUUUUUCUUUCAAUUCGAGUUGAUAUGGGUUUUGGCUACCGUUGUUAUCGUUCAAUUUACCAGAUAUGGAUAUGGAUUGCAAUUGUAUUGUAAAGGGUCAUUCAGAAAAUGAAAGGCAUAACUUUUAUCA